AUGCCUGCCAAGCUCCAUAAUCUCGGAAAGAAUGGCCCCAAAGUGCCUGCCGUGGGUUUCGGGCUCAUGGGCAUGUCCUACAUUCCGUACGGCUCAGUGCCUUCUGACGAAGAGCGAUUCGCACUCCUUGACCGUGCUGUUGAGCUCGGAGCUACGUUCUGGGAUACCUCUGAUCUCUACGGCGACAACGAAGCGUUGCUCAACAAAUGGUUCAAGCGCACUGGCAAACGCUCGCAAAUCUUUCUAGCGACCAAGUUUGGCUUCGUCAAGAACAGUCCUGCUUAUGACAUCGACAGUUCUCCCGAGUACGCACAGGUCGCUUGUGCGGAGAGCUUGGAGACGCUGGGCACUGACUACAUCGAUCUUUACUACGUGCACAAUGCCAACCCCUCAACGCCUAUCGAGGCGACCAUGCGUGCGUUGAGGAACCUCAAAGAACAGGGAAAGAUCAGGCAUAUCGGGCUAUCCUCCAUCUCUUCAACGACACUCCGACGUGCCGUCGCCAUCGCACCCGUCGCUGCUGUCCAAGUCGACUAUUCCGUCUUCCAGCGCGAUAUCGAGGGCCCUACCGGCAGUGACAUCCUGGCUACCUGCCGUGAACUUGGCGUAGCCAUCGUCGCAGCCACACCCCUCGGUCGCGGCAUGAUUACGUCUACCUUUGCCCAGGGCGAGAUGCUCGGUGACGGCAAGGACAUGCGUCCUGCAGUUAUGCCUCGCUUUCAAGAGGCAAAUCGAGAGGCUAACGAAAAGGUUGUAGUCCAGUUCCAGGCGCUCGCUGACAAGCAAAAGUGUAGUGUUAGCCAGCUUGCCCUAGCCUGGCUGCUCAAGCAGGGCGACGAUAUUAUCCCCAUCCCAGGUACCAAGCGCAUCAAUUAUCUCGAGCAGAACCUGGCGAGCAUGGAUAUUGAACUGAGCGACGAGGACGAGAAGAAGAUCCGUGCGUUUGCGUAUGAUGCGGCGGUGAAGGGAACGGCGCAGCCUGCUCAAUUUUCAGGAUAUUUGUAUCGCGACACUGUUGAGGAGUAA